ACGACAAGGCUUGUAUGCUUGUAAGUGGGAAAAUAUUCCUCUGCAGGCUACAACAUUUCUUUUACGGGGGUUGAAAAAUUGAAUUGUGCAAAGUUAGCAUGGCGUUCUACGGCACUUGUAAACUCAACUGAUUAGGAACUAAAACUACGAUUAUAUCUCAAAAUCGGCACUUUGCAAUGCUUAGAUAUUUGAACUAAGGCAAUGUGAAUUGCUGACGACGACAAGGCUUGUAUGCUUGUAAGUGGGAAAAUAUUCCUCUGCAAGCUACAACAUUUCCUUUACGGGGGUUGAAAAAUUGAAUUGUGCAAAGUUAGCAUGGCGUUCUACGGCACUUGUAAACUCAACUGAUUAGGAACUAAAACUGCAAUUAUAUCUCAAAAUCGGCACUUUGCAAUGCUUAGAUAUUUGAACUAAGGCAAUGUGAAUUGCUGACGACGACAAGGCUUGUAUGCUUGUAAGUGGGAAAAUAUUCCUCUGCAGGCUACAACAUUUCUUUUACGGGGGUUGAAAAAUUGAAAUGUGCAAAGUUAGCAUGGCGUUCUACGGCACUCGUAAACUCAACUGAUUAGGAACUAAAACUGCAAUUAUAUCUCAAAAUCGGCACUUUGCAAUGCUUAGAUAUUUGAACUAAGGCAAUGUGAAUUGCUGACGAUGACAAGGGUUGUAUGCUUGUUAGUGGGAAAAUAUUCCUCUGCAGGCUACAACAUUUCUUUUACGGGGGUUGAAAAAUUGAAAUGUGCAAAGUUAGCAUGGCGUUCUACGGCACUUGUAAACUCAACUGAUUAGGAACUAAAACUGCAAUUAUAUCUCAAAAUCGGCACUUUGCAAUGCUUAGAUAUUUGAACUAAGGCAAUGUGAAUAGCUGACGACGACAAGGGUUGUAUGCUUGUAAGUGGGAAAAUAUUCCUCUGCAGGCUACAACAUUUCUUUUACGGGGGUUGAAAAAUUGAAAUGUGCAAAGUUAGCAUGGCGUUCUACGCCACUUGUAAACUCAACUGAUUAGGAACUAAAACUGCAAUUAUAUCUCAAAAUCGGCACUUUGCAAUGCUUAGAUAUUUGAACUAAGGCAAUAGGGAGGUUUAGAAUGAAGACGAGAACGAGGACGAAGACAAAGUUCUAUCGCGAGGGAGUCUGGGAUCUAUAUGUCGUCGUCGCCACGGGAUCCCACUGUUUAGAUUACGAAACGAGGACAACCCCACAAAAAUAAACAAAAUGGCGUCUAAUGAGCUUUUUGAAGCAGCAGCUUACCUGUACAGUGAAGACCUCGUUGACGAAGAGGAGUUUAUGUUUCUUGUAAAAGAAAGCGAAGAUAAAGCACCAGUGUUUCCCUACUGGAAAUAUCCACGAUUUACGUUGGAAGAAAUGAACGAGGAUGAGUGCAUCUCAGAAUUUCGUUUCGAAAAGCAAGAUAUUCCGCGACUCGCGAAGGUUAUUAAAGUACCAGAAAAAAUAGUUUGUGUGAAUGGGACGGUUGCAAGCCAAACUGAGGGCCUCUGUUUAUUUUUGAAACGAUUUUCAUAUCCGUGCCGUCUUAGAGACAUGAUCUCACGCUUUGGAAGGUCCAAGUAUGAACUCUGCUUGAUAUCGAAUCAGAUAAUGCGUCACGUUGCAGAUUCAUUUCAGCAUUUACUUAUGACAUUUGAACAGCAGUGGCUGCAAACAGAGCAACUUGAAGGGUAUGCCAAUGCAGUAUUUCGACAAAGUCAAGCCUUGGAUAACUGCUGGGGUUUCAUCGACGGCACAGUCAGACCUAUUUGUAGACCGGUUGAGAACCAGAAAACUGUGUACAAUGGACACAAGCGAGUACACGCUUUAAAAUAUCAAGCUGUUGUUGCUGCUAAUGGGUUAAUUGCUAAUCUAUAUGGACCAGUUGAAGGAAAAAGACAUGAUGCAAGGUUGCUGAGGGAGUCUGGCAUUAUCCAGUUGCUUGAAAAUCAUUCAAACAGAUUAGAUGGGACACCAUUAUGCAUCUACGGAGACCCUGCAUACCCUCUCAGACCCCAUUUACAAGCUCCUUUCAAGAACAACCACUUAACAGAAGAACAACAGGCAUACAAUAAGGCAAUGAGUAAGGUUAGAGAUUCAGUUGAGUGGGUGUUUGGUGAAAUUCUGCAGUACUUUGCCUUUGUUGACUUCAAGAAGAAUCAAAAGAUUGCUCUCUCAGAAAUUGGGAAAAUGUAUAGAGCUUGUGCCCUCCUACACAAUGCAAGAACAUGUUUAUAUGGAUCAUCAGUGAGCAGAUUUAUGGACAUUGAACCACCAUCAUUAGAAACAUACUUUCAAUAUGAUCAGCAAAAUUAGAAAAAACAUUAAAGAAAAACAUGUGUUAAUGUAUUCUAAUAUACUCUAAACUCUAUUUCACAAGAGCUGGUAAAUUGAAGUUCAGGCUGGCUGUUUUAAAUUUUUCCAAAACUUUGAGGCUGGAUUGUUCUGAAAUUAUAUGGGUUUAAUCAGUUCAAUUGCUAAAUAUUGUGGUCAAGGGGAGUAAGCCAUCCUUUAUUUGCAGAAAAGUUUGAAAACUCAACAACAAAGCUGACCCCUAGAUGGCAAACAUUUUUUAAAAAGGCUUCACAACUUUGUUAAAAAAUAAUGUCUCACUGUACCUCAGCCUCAGCUUGUUCUUAAUUUGUUUCUGACAUCUGGCCAAUUUUAAGGCAUAAAAUCAUGCUUAUAAAAAAAGUGUUUAGGGUUAAACCUUUAAUUGUUUUUGGUGUUAUUGAUAGUACUUAUCAUUUCGCUCAUAACAGCUAAUGUUUGCAUUUGAGUCUGCUGCAUCUGUAACAUGAAUUGCUGCUGUUGCUGCAUCAUAUUUUGCAUGAAGGUCUGUUGACCCUCCAUCAUUUUGGACAAAUUCUCCCUUGCUAAACGCCUUUCAUUCAACUCUUCUUUUUUCAACUCUCUUUCUUGAUUUGCAUUUUCCUGCUUAAACUUUAGCCCUUGCUCUAUGAGUACAACUGCCUCAAACGCCUUUUUCCUUCUCUUCGGUGUUUCUGUCCCAUCCUCUUCUUCUUUUCUCUUUCUAGUUUCCCCAAGACGCUCGACAGCUUUCAUUCGCAUAUCUUCUGCCUUCUUAUUUUCUUUAUCUUCAUUCACCUUGAUCCUAUCUUUUGCUUCUGCCCACGAAAGCUGCGCCUCUUCCAUCC